AUGGCUAUUCUCUGUGGGCAUGGGGGGCCCGCGUCAAACAUGUGCUGGGACUUCCAGGCGUGGGUCGUGGAGGUGCUGUGUCUGUCGGGCAUGGGGUGCCCAGAGUCUUCAGGCACGGGGUGGGCCUUCGAUGGCCUGCUCGCCGCGGUGGUCUGCCGAUGGCGGACUUGGCACGCUCGGUGCUGGUGUCCUGUGCUGGGUCUCCUUGCAGAUGCUCGUGGAGGUGUUCCUCUCGUCGCGGGCAUGGGGGGCCCUAUUUCAUUCAAACAUGUGCUGGGUCUUCCGCAGCGUGCUCGUUGA